GUCACCAUUUCCCUCACAAUUACUAAAUAACUGCCGCGCCGCGUUAUCGACUCUCUGCCUUCGGGGAACUUCGUUUAUAAAGAACAACCUACGCCACCUGCACCCGAUCUACAUUUCUCUUUUACAGCUCAAUCUUGUGCAACAAAAAGCAAACAAUUUCAAAGGUGUCACACAAUACAUGGGCUCUCCCCGCCCAUAUUCCUCAUAAAACAGCUCCUCCGAAAGCUUGAGAGUCCUCCAUCCCCCACCAUGUCGACCUACGAAAUCGAACACAAUACCACCGACCCCUCAACGGCCCCGAACGUGCGCCGCCGCCGCCCCGACCUCUCCACCUUCUUCUCAGCCUUGUCCCAGAUCACCCCAGCUCCCGACCACAGACCCCAUGCAGUCCCCGUCCCAGGAGAUGUGAGCGCAGCAUUCUUCUCUCUCGCUGAGGCGUUAGAUAUGAUGCGCCGCGAAGCCGAUUCAGCGCCGCACCCCGACGCGCAGGAGGGCGCCGAUAAUGCCGACUCAGAUACCGGUCGCGAUUUGCUGACCACGAUGAUCCAGUCGCUGCUCUCGCAGGCAGAUACACCACCGCGGGAGGUGGAGGGUGUUGACGAGGAAUUCUGCGAUAUGCUCGAACGCGUCCCAAAAGCAUCCCUGAAACCCUCUGAUACCUGCCCUAUCUGCAACAACCCCUUCAUGGAAGACGCCUACCCGCUCGUCGUCCAGCUGCCCUGCCACCCGACACACCGCUUCGAUCUGGAAUGUGUGCGGCCCUGGUUGCGGCUGCGCGGAACGUGUCCGCUUGACCGUGUGGACUUUGCGAAGCAGCAGAGAGACAAGGCGGAGGCGAAGAAGAAGCUUGUUGAAGAAGAUGAGGAGGAGGAAUGGGAUGGCAUGUAUGGUUGAAGAGAUAUCAGACAAGAGACUGUGCAUAUUCGUGCGUUUUAAACUGUCCAUUGUGAUGGAGGUUACAUGGCAGUAUUGCCUAUCUUAGCAUGAGUGAAUGACUGUUGCAUCUAUUGAUCAUGUACAUUUCAAUCAAAUGGAUAUUGAAAGUAAGCUGAC